CAGUCGGCGUUAUGAGCAAGGCUCUGACUCUAAAGACAGAGAAAUUGUAUUUAUUCAAUGAAUUUUUCUUUUAAAUCGUCCUCCACCCCCCCACAGAAAAGAGAAAAAGAUCAGUAUUAUUUAAUCGCUCUGAUUAUCAUGAAACCGUCAGAAGAGUUGAGAGCAUAAAAGGAACUGUGACGGUAAAGAAGGAAGAAGACACACUGAUGGAAGAGGAACCGCUACAAAUUCAGUCCGAAAACAUUUGGAUUAAAAUGAGAAAAACUGAGUUAUAAUAGUUUAGCAUCUUUGAGGACUUAAUUUUUUUUUGUUUAUAAUGGUUUAAUAUCUUUGAGGAUUUUUAAAAAAUAUUUUUAUUUUAUUUUUUGGGUGCACCAUGCGCAAUAGGUGGACCCGUAGGAGCCUGGUUGUUCUGAUUUUUACAUUUUUCAUCGUUGUCUUCGUGGAUUUUCAAUUACGCAUCAGCAGCUUUACCAAAUCAAACGUGGCUCACCGCCAGUCGGCCGGCGCGCGCCAUGGGUCCAUCCGGCAGGUUCCCUACGCACACAGCUCGGUUUAUAACAACAGCAGCAGUAACAGCAUCAACGGCGGCGUAAGAGAAUCCACACUUAGUGAAAAUAACGGAGGAGAGUCGGGGGCUAAGCGCGUCCACGCCACGCAGCCCAAACUCAGACUGGAUGACAUUUACGUGGCUGUAAAAACCACCGCGAGGUUCCACAAGACGCGUCUCGCGCUCCUUUUGGACACUUGGAUCUCAAGGACCAAGGCGCACACUUUCAUUUUCACAGACAAAGAGGAUGAAGAAUUAAGUUCAAAGGGUUAUAACAUGGUGGCAACAGGGUGUCAGUCAGAUCACAGCCAACAGGCUCUGUCCUGCAAGAUGUCCGUCGAGUACGACGGCUUCAUGGCCUCAAACAAGAGGUGGUUUUGCCACGUAGACGACGAUAACUACGUGAACCCUGAGGGUCUCCUCUCUCUGCUGUCAACGUUCCCCCAGGAGGGCGACAUCUACGUGGGCAAGCCGAGUCUGGACAAACCCAUCACUGCUCACCAACUGCUGGACGGAAAUAAAACGGUGAACGUGCGGUUCUGGUUCGCCACGGGAGGUGCCGGGUUCUGCCUGAGCCGAAGGCUGGCAGAAAAGAUGUCUCCUUGGGCCAGCGGCCUGCACUUUGAGCGGACAUCGGCCAGAAUCCGUCUCCCGGACGACUGCACCGUGGGCUUUAUUGUCGAGAAGAUGCUGGGCGUCGCUAUGGUCCACUGUCCUUUGUUCCACUCGCAUUUAGAAAACCUGCUUCUAAUAAGUCAGAGAAGCCUCCCGCAGCAGGUAACCCUGAGCUACGGGAUGUUUGAGAAUAAGAUGAACAGCAUCGAGGUAAAGGGAAGCUUUUCUAAGGAGGAGGACCCCUCCAGGUUUAAAACCGUCCACUGCAUCCUGUAUCCUUCCACCAGCUGGUGUCCUCCGGUCACUUGAGAGAAAGCUCUUUUCCUGCUGGGUAACAAGGAAGAAUCGUUCCCUGGAUAUUUUUUAUUCUGCGCAGAGGGUGGAAAAAAAAAAAAAACAUGAUUUAUUUUCAUGGAAGACAGAAGGAAGUGGGGUCGAACCAAACAUUCAAUAUGAUGAAACUGUGUUCUCCCACAACUCAUAAAUGUGUUGCAUGUUCGCCGUAAAGCACUGUAAAGACAACUCCUCUAUUCUUUCGCUGCUGUUUUUAAACCUGCUGCAAAAAAUAAUGUUUUGUCUGUUUUUAUUUGAAGUUAAGCACUUAAUAAAGGGAACAAAUAUGUGAUUUUUUCCCCCAAGAUUUUCAUGACUUUUUGGAUAAUAAUGUUUCAGUUUAACAGAAAUGACUUUUUAUGUUUUUUAUGUGAAUUCUGAUUCUAAUUGUCAACAAUGUUCAUUAGUCAAUGCGGGUUGCAAUAAAGUAACGCGAGCCGCUACGGGCCGAGCCGACGCGGCGUCGUGG